AUGCCUGAACCGCCGAACCGUUUGCAAAUACCCGGAAGCAGUAGUCGAAUCUACUACAACACCACCGCUACCCGCCCCGGUACACUCGCCACUGGGCGUGUUAGCGUCGCCAUCAGGAUCAUCAGUAAAUCCAGCUCUAGCACUCCAGAGUCUUGGCCAUGCGAUCAGCCAAACACUGGAGUUGAAUCAGUUACAGUUGCUUCAUCACUGGACAAAGCCCUUCCAGAGAUUGGUUUCCAAUAUCCAUUCGUCUUGCAUGCAUUGCUAGGCCUGUCCGCUUUACACAUUGCUUACACGUACCCAACCCAGCGAACCCGGAGUUGGCUAGUUGGCAUGUAUCAUCACAACGAGGCCUUGACCGGAUUCCGACAAGAACUUUGCCUUAUCACAAAAGAAAACAGUGAGGCAUUGUUUACAUGGUCCAUAUGCAAUGUUCUAUACAUCUUCGCUACGUCAAAUCCACUUCAUCAGGGUAUAGAUGGAAGCCCCACCUCGUCCACAUCAGCCCAAAAGGAAAGGGUCUUGGGUACAGAAUGGAUUCCUAUGAUCCGCGGUCUGAAAGCCGUGCUUGAGCCCACACAUAAUUACAUCCGACUCGGAAGAAUGAAGGCCAUAAUGAGUACGGGGAACUGGUAUGAACUUGAUCCAGAUCAAGAAAGUCAGGACCCAGAAGAUGCCCAUUUUUGCCGAGCCCGCGAAUCUUGGAACGACUCCGAUAGUGCUGAGGUCUAUGAAGAGGCGCUUCAAGUUCUCCGAAAAUGUAGACUUUACUCAUCGCAGUUCCGCGAAAUGGACUCUGAGAGGAGAAGCAACUGGGGAUAUAACAAAGAGUGGUCUGCGCCUCUGAUGUUCAUUCAUUUUGCACAGGACUCGUAUUUCGCACUCUUGCGGCAGAGGCAACCGCCAGCUUUGAUCCUGUUUUCCCUGUUUGGAGCACUCCUGCAUAAGAUCAGAAAUUACUGGUUCAUGGAGGGCUGGGGCAAAGCGAUAGUGGAGGUAAUAGCAGAUAUCUUGGGCAGUUACUGGAGGGAAUGGUUGAUAUGGCCUUUAGAGGUUAUUCACGAAUAA